GAGCAAGUGUGACAGAGAAGUACGUUUAUACACAAACCCCAGAAUGAAAGUGUGCUUGGAGAAAACCUCCCCUACCUUUCUGAAUAAACUCUCCAACAACAUGAACAGUGGUACCAGGCGCACGCACUCCAGUUCUGAUGCAGAGAACAGGCCAGAGGAGAGCCAGAGGAUGGAUAAAAUCAGGUCAGAACAGACCCAGGCCAUGGUCCCAGACCCACUAGGGCCGCCCGGCAGGAAGAAACCUGUCCUGGUCAGGUCCAAAACCUUUGACCCCUCGCUGCUGUCUCAGAUCCAGACUGACAGAGACUCAAAGACACUGAGGAAGAAGUCUCCUUACACUCAGCUAUCCAAGACCAACUCCCAGUACCAUAAAUUAUUUAAGGAGAUCAGCAGAGAGGAGCUCCUCAGACAAAGUUACACCUGCGCUCUGCAGAAAGACAUCCUCUACCAGGGACGCCUGUUCGUCUCCGACAACUGGAUCUGCUUCCACUCCAAUGUUUUUGGCAAAGACAUAAAGAUCGCCAUACCCGUUGUGUCCAUCACGAACAUCAAGAAGACCAAAACUGCCAUCCUGGUGCCAAAUGCACUGGUGAUCGCCACCGCCAACGACCGGUACAUGUUGGUCUCUCUGCUGUCCAGAGACAACACCUACAAGUUCCUGAUGUCUGUCUGUCUGCAUCUAGAGGACAAGAGUCCUUGCAACAGCCCCAUCCCGUCUUCAGCAAAGAGCAGCUUCAGAGGUCAGAGGACACCAUGCUCACCCCGCUUCCCCCUGAGUUUCUCGGGGGAUCUCAUCGGUCUAGAUGGAGCGGUGAGACAGAGGAGACAAGCGAUGGAGGACAGCAGCAGCUCAGACUCUCAGACCCCAGACUAUGACAAGAUGGCAGCGUUCUCAGUUCCUCCGUUCCUGGAAGUGCUGAAGCACGCCGAUGGUCCGGAAGAACCCAAAGCCAACGCCCAACAUGUGAGCCAGCCAGCUGACGCCAAACCGAGAGAAACGCGCUGCGGGUCAGAGGUCAUGGUCAACGACAGGACCCUCAAACCGAUGUCGCUCAACACACUGCUGUGUGUCUACCUCUUCCUUGUGUGUCUCCUGGUGUUGUCUUCCUGUUACAUGGCCUUUAAGAUCAUCUCUCUGGAGCAGAGACUGACCACACUGGGCACCAUGAGCGACUUCAACCAGCAAGAGAGUGAGUAUUUGCGACGGACCACUGAUUCCAACACAGAGCUUUAUUCUGAGCUCACCGUCAACCUGAUGAAGCUGGAGAAGGUGCAGAGGAAUCUUCAGAGACUUCUAGAUGAAGCUGGAUGAACAUUGAGGCUUGUUCUCUAGCCGUACUGGUUGUGCUGGUUGUACUGGAUGCUUUAAACUGGGACACCUCUGUAACGUGUGCUACUGGUGUGAAUGAGACUAAAAUGGUUUUACUCGCGAACAAAACUAUGUAAAUGAUGUCUGUGGCAUGUAGAUUAGACAAUUCUACUGGGCCACCGUCAGUUGGCUGGUAGAUUAUCUGCAGUUCUGAAUCAGGUCCAGAUUGUGUCUUCAUGACUUUAUUGGUGAUAGUUUAUGCAACUAUGGAUACCGAGGUGUCGAGAACUGUGAAUAUUUGCAUUUAAAAGAUCCCAAUAUGUUUCCUAUCUAU